AAUGGAAAUUGGUGCGAAACUUAUUUUGACAACAGGGUACCAUUUUAAGAUAGAGAUGUCUCAGAAUCAAUCUUUAUGCCAUGAUUAUAACUGCGUUCAUUAUCAUAUAACUGAUCCGAUUCCAUCAGCAAUUUUGUCAAGAGAAGAACUAAACGUAUUUUAUAUUUUAUUCCAUAAAAUACAAACAGCUCUGAGGCGAGAAAAAAAAGACACCUUCAAACAACCUUUUCCUCCUGACUUUCCUUCUUUAAGUGUCGGAUCGAAGAGAAAAGUAAAGAGUCUCCAAUCUUCAAAAGAAGAAAGUGUAAAAAGCAUCAGAGAAUUACCUCUGGAUUCCGUCAGAUCAAGAAAGAGAAUAUGCGAAGAGGCUGAAAGAGAUCGAAGCUCAACGCCAAUCACAAUUUACAAUAAAGGAAUGCUACUGGAUAGACCGAAAGAGGAAAAGAUUCAGAACGUAUUAAAGAAUGAGAGUGAGAAUUCAGAAGAGGACAUCGAUGACAUUAUUGAAAUGAAUGACUGGUCAUUAGUGGAAGUACCAGAAGAACAGUCGUUAGCGAUCUGCGGUAUUAGCAGGAAUCGAAAAGGAUAUGAACAAUCACGAACUGUUAUAAGAAGACGAUCCUCGAGAAUUGUCCAAUGUCUUGGAAACUCAUCAAUUUAUCUAGUAGGGAGAAUAAAUGAGGAAGCAGUUUCGAAAUACGACUUCUCUCAAGAAAUGAUAGCAGCUUUUAAAAAUGGAUUUCCUCCUGACUGGAAACAAUACGUUAAAUAUCACUAUAAGCAAAAGACUAUAAGAGAUCGAAUAGAGCAGCCAAUAAGCUACAAUAGUUUUGAAAAUGACUCGGCGACAUUAGGUCUUGGUUGCAAUUCGAAAAACUGCUUCCAUAUUCAUAUGAAGGACAAUUACCUGAUAGAAGUGUUAUCGACAGAAGAAAUAAAAAUUUUCACAAUGCUUGUUCAAAAGAUUCAAACAUUCAACGAAACAAGGUUUAUAAAAUUUGGCAUUUGUAAAGAUGAAGUUAGAAGCGUCCUCUCCAGAGACAGUUUCGAUAGACAAUCCUCAAGACAGAACAUGAACUGUGCUAGAACAGUAAAAAUUGAAGAUAGCAAGUCAGAGACUGAUUUCUCAGACUCAGAGGGAAUAGAUGGGAGAAGAAAACCUGAAAAAUUUGCUGUAAACAAUCAGAGAAGAAAUCCUUCAAAAUUUGUUGGAAAUAAUCCUCUCCUCGAAGACCUAGAAAGCAAAGAAUUGAAUGAAUCAAUAGAAUAUGAAAUGGAUGAAAUUUGUGAACCAAAGUUAGGCGAUUUUAAACAAUUAUUCAACUGGUCACUUGUUGAAAAUAAAACCGAAACUGGAAUAUUUUAUAUUGGAAUAGAAGGGUUCAUUAACGACAGUAAAAAUGAUAUAUAUAAGUCAGAUGAAGUUGUAGAACGCUGUAAAUCAAAUUUAGUAGAAUGUCGUGACGGCUUGUUAUUUUAUCUUGUUGGACAAUUAAAUAUUACUGUUACUCUCCAAAAUGGUAACUUUCUUACAUCUGUAUUGACUUGAUGUCUAAAAAUAUAAAAAAAUUCCUUAAUUUUAGGAUUUUCAAAAAAAGUUAUCGAUCAGUUUAGAAAUGGUUUCCCAGAAAACUGGAAAGAUCUCCUUCAACAGCAUCUUAGAAGAAGGAAAAUGAAAAGACCAAGUUUAUUUACAAAAUGAAAGUUUAUUCAAAAAAUUCUUGAAACGUUGUCCGAAUUUUCAUUCUCUAUUAAUAAUUGUAUACUUUUCUGUUUUAUUUAAGUUACUUUUAUAAAAAAAAUACUACAUAUAGUUUUUUAAAUACAGUCUUUUAGAAUUAUUCUAAUUCGAA